AUGGCGGAUUCCAAGAUGGAGGCGCCACCUCCUAAACCCCAUGCAAUCGCGACCAUUGAGAGCGUCGAGAUCGAUCCCCGGGCAGAGCGGGCUCUCGUCUGGAAAUUUGAUCUUCGUCUGUUGCCCGUGCUAGCAAUCAUGUAUCUUUUCAACAGUCUGGACAAGUCGAAUUUGGGAAAUGCAAAGACAGCGGGGUUGGACAAGACUCUCCAUCUUGAAGGGAACCAAUACAACAUGAUCCUCAGUAUCUUCUUCGUCCCUUACGUCUUGACGGCCCCGUUCCUCGGCCUACUCGGCAAAAAGUUUGGACCCAACAUUGUGCUGCCAUGCAUGAUGCUCACCUUCGGGACGUGUACGAUCCUGGUAGUCGCGGCAUACAACUUCAGUGGACUGUUCGCAAUCCGCUGGUUCCUGGGAAUGUCCGAGAGCGCGUUUUUCCCUCUCGUCAUCUACUACCAGACAACCUUUUACCGCCGAGGCGAGCUGGCUCGCCGACUAGCCAUCUUCUACGCCGCCCAAAGCAUCGCCUCCGCCUUCUCGGGUCUUCUGGCUUUUGGGGUCUUCCGCAUCCAUACCGGUCCAUUGGCCUCGUGGCGCUAUCUUUUCCUCAUCGAGGGCUGUGGAACGGUCCUGUUCGCCCUCUUUGCUCUUUGGUAUCUGCCCAGAUCGGCUGCCCAGGCCAGCUUUCUCACUCCCGAAGAAAAGGAACUCGCCUAUCUUCGCCUACAAAUCGACAGUUCUUCCGUGGUGGAUGAGAAGCUCAAUAUUCGAGAUGCUUUCCGCAUUUUCAAACACUGGACGAGCUGGGCCAUUCUGGCGAUUCAAGUCUGUCUCGGCGUACCGUUGCAGGGGGUUCAAUUAUUCCUCCCCGUCAUCAUCAAGCGUCUGGGUUACGACACCGUCAAGACAAACCUGUACACCGUUGCUCCUAAUAUCUCCGGCGCAGCGAUGCUCCUCAUCCUCGCCUUCUGCAGCGACUGGACCCGGUGGCGGUUCCCAUUCAUCGCUUUGGGAUUUUUGUUCACCUUCACGGGCUUCAUCAUCUACGCCGCCAUCGACGUGGAGAGCGACUUGAACGUAGCAUACUUUGCAACCUUUAUGAUGACCUGGGGUACCUCAGCGCCAUCAGUUCUCCUUGAUUCAUGGUACAACAACAACGUCGCAAACGAGGGCAGACGCGUCGUACUCACCAGUAUCGCCGUUCCCGUCGCCAACCUUAUGGGAGUCGUUGCUUCCAACAUCUUCCGCAACCAAGAUGCCCCCAAAUACGCUCCCGCCUUGAUCACGACUGCGGCGUUUGGGGGUGCCGGUAUUCUGCUCACGGUCGCCCUGGGUCUCUGGAUGAUGUUUGAUAAUAAAAAGAGAGAUCGCAGGCAAGGUGUCUGUAUUAAAGCGAAGGAUAUUCCAUCGGAGUAUUUGAAUGAGGGCCCAGCGAGUGAUGAUUUCCGUUGGUUCUAUUGA